AUGUAUGCAUCUUUCAGCCGCAGAGUCAUUGCGGACCUUGCCUUGGCCACCUCUUACUUCUGCCUACUUUGGGAACAUGAGGCGGUCACUUUGCCGGCGGAUUCGAAUCAGGCGCAGGGAAUUGGCCAAUAUGCCAAGGACCUGAUAGAUGGAAAGCAUGGCGACAACGUGGAUGCGUCCGUCUAUGAGCGUGUGGAGAUGUUCCACACAGAUUCCGUCAUGUGCGGGAUCUCAGCCCUCGCGCUGAAAACCAACGCACCGACCUUGCUGCGAGAGGAAGCACUGACCUACAAGGACCCGAAGGGGGCCACUGUCUUCGGCAGCAGCGAAAAGUGUGCGCCGGAGAAGGUGAUUGCUGCAAACGCCUCUGCUGUGCGAGAGUGGGAUUCGAAUGGCACCGUUUUCGGCUUCAACCCAAACAUCCCUGGACAUGAUGCGGGCGAGUUCGGCCACAACGACUUCUACCCGGUUGUGAUGGCAGCUGCACAGGUGACAGGAAACGUCGAUGGAAAGAAGGCACUGCUAGCGAUGAUUGCCCUGGAUGAAAUUCGAGGACGCCUCGCAGAGGUCUUCAGCCUCAAGAGCUACAAGAUCGAUCACGUUGUCCAUGGUGCUAUUGCUUCUGCCGCUGUCUACGGCGCACUGCUGGGCGCCUCUGUCGAGCAGAUUGAGAGCGCAAUCGGGAUGGCCGUGGCGCACUACAUCCCGUUCCGGGCUAUCCGCGCAGGCAAGCAGCUCUCCGACUCCAAGGGGGCUUCUGCUGCCAUCUCCACAGAGGCUGCCGUGCUGUCCAUGCGACGAGCCAUGCGGGGCUUCGUCGGCCCUAAGGACAUCUUCAGGAAUCCGGAGGCCAUCUUCCGCUUCUUUGAGCCAAGCACAGGUGUAGGCAAGAGCAAGGACAACAUUGACAUCACGCUCAGCAACAAGGUGAGAUGGGGCGUCGGGCCAAGCCCUUUCAACCUGGUGCUGUCCACUGGUGGUGACGACUUCGCAGUGAUGGGCAUGCACUUCAAGCUGGGCCUCUAUGAACACCAGUCUGCAGGCGCUUUGGAGGGUGCCAUCUCCGCGCUAGUUCAGAAUCCAGAGUUUGUCGCAGGUGGCGUUGAUGGGAUCGCCGGCAUUAACAUCAUCGCUUACGAGCCAGCCUUUGGAAUCAUCGGCGACCCAGCCAAGAAGGACCCGAAGACGCGACAGUCUGCAGAUCACUCCAUGGCCUUCAUCGUGUCACGCAUCCUGCAGAAGGCUUUGAAGUCUGGAAAGGUGCCCUCAGCGAUGGACGAUGCCUGGAUGGAGCUGAUGCUGUCGCCUUACGACUACGGCAAGGAUGCAUUGUAUGAGAAGGACACACGAGCACUCAUGGAGAAGAUCUCGUUCUCACAUGGCGGCCCUGAGUACGACGCGAAGUAUCCUGAUGGAAUUCCCACUGCCAUCGACAUCACCCUCAAGAGCGGAAAGGUGAUUUCCAGCGGCAUGGUCAUGUACCCGUCUGGCCACGCGCGAAACACAUCUGCCGACUUGAAGAAGAUCCUGCAGCACAAGAAUCGCAUGUUGGGUGACAUCGUCUUCCCAGAGAGGAGCACCGUAGAUCAGUUUGUCUCCCGACUCGUGACCAUGAAG